CAGCGCGUAUGUAGGUACAAAUUGCGUAUAGAUGAAGAUAAAUAAAUAGGUACCUACCCACAGAUACCCGUACCACGAAGAAAAUUUGCUACGCAGAGCCGCUUGCCCUCCGUACCAAGUGCAAAGCCCGGAUAGACGACUGCUGGUUUUAGCGAUGAAGUUCCUCGCAGCAGUACAGCUGCUCGCAGCGGUUGUCGAGGCUGCAUUCACGUGGCAGAAUGUGAAGAUCGGCGGCGGCGGCGGUUUCGUCCCUGGUAUCGUCUUCCACCCGACAGCCAAGGGCGUCGCAUACGCCCGCACGGAUAUCGGUGGUCUAUAUCGACUUAAUAAUGACGAUUCGUGGACCGCUGUUACGGACGGCAUCACGGACCAUGAUAAUUGGCAUAAUUGGGGCGUCGACGCGCUUGCUCUGGAUCCGCAGGACGAGAAUGUGGUAUACGCUGCGGUUGGCAUGUAUACAAACGACUGGGACCCGAAACCUGGCUCUAUAAUCCGUAGUAGCGAUAAAGGGGCUACAUGGAAGGCGACUAACCUUUCUUUCAAGGUCGGUGGAAAUAUGCCUGGCCGGGGAAUGGGCGAGCGUCUUGCCGUCGACCCGGCCAACUCCAAGAUCUUGUACUUUGGAGCCCGCAGCGGUAAUGGGUUGUGGAAGAGUACAGACGGCGGUGAGACAUUUACCAAAGUGUCCUCGUUUACAGCCGCAGGGACAUUUAUUCCUGACCCUAAUGAUGUCGGUGGGUACAAUGGGGACAAGCAAGGGCUAGCAUUUGUGACGUUUGACUCUACGAGCGACACAACUGGCGGUGCUACUAAGAGAAUCUUCGUCGGUACGGCGGAUAACACUACCGCAAGCGUCUAUGUCUCCGAGGAUGCGGGUACCACGUGGAACCCGGUAAAGGGGCAGCCGGGCACCUAUUUCCCCCACAAGUGCGUCCUUCAACCGAAAGAGAAGGCGCUGUAUCUCACAUACAGCGAUGGCACAGGCCCAUAUGAUGGGACCCUAGGUGCGGUAUAUCGAUACGACAUCUCUGCGGGUACGUGGAAAGACAUCACACCGGUGUCUGGCGGCGAUCUGUAUUUUGGCUUUGGCGGGCUCGGCGUAGACAUGCAGAAACCUGGAACGAUUGUCGUGGCGAGCUUGAACUCGUGGUACCCGGACGCGCAGAUAUUUAGAUCGACCGACUCGGGAGCCACCUGGUCUAAGAUCUGGGCUUGGGCCAACUACCCGGACAUGAACCUUUACUACGGACUCACAACUUCCAAAGCCCCAUGGAUUAAGACGGGGUUCAUUGACACGGAUACAAAGGAUCUUGGAUGGAUGAUAGAAGCAUUGGUUAUUAACCCCCUCGACAGCGACCACUGGCUGUAUUCUACCGGGUUGACGGUAUUCGGCGGCCACGAUCUGACAAAAUGGGACACAGCCCACAACGUCUCAAUCCAGUCGCUCGCCGACGGCAUAGAGGAAUUCGCCGUUCAGGACCUCGCUUCGCCACCUGGAGGAAGCGAGUUACUGGCAGCUGUGGGCGAUGAUAGCGGGUUUACGUUCAAAGACACAGCCAGCCUAAAGACCUCCCCGAAGACGCCCUGGAUGAAUCCCAUCUGGUCGACGUCUUCAAGUGUAGACUACGCCGGAUCAUCGGUGAAGAAUAUCGUUCGUAUUGGCAACUCGGCCGGAUCACAACAGGUUGCGGUAUCAAGCGAUGGUGGAGAGAGUUGGAACGUGUAUUCUGGCGCAGACAAUAAUAUGAACGGCGGCACAGUGGCUUAUUCUGCCAAGGCGGACACGGUGCUUUGGUCGACAUCGACGAACGGCGUGCAGCGUUCCCAGAAUCAAGGCACCUUUUCAGCAGUCUCUAGUCUCCCCUCGGGCGCCGUCAUCGCGUCGGACAAGCAGAACAAUGCCGUUUUCUACGGCGGUUCUGCAGCCAGUUUCUAUGUUAGCACUGAUACCGGGACGUCGUUUGCGAAAGCUGAGUCUUUGGGCAGCGCCACUGCAGUCCGUGACAUCGCGGCCCAUCCGACCAAAGCCGGUGAUGUUUGGGUAUCAACCGAUGUAGGUGUUUUCCACUCGACAAACUAUGGCUCUUCCUUUACACAGGUCUCCACGAACCUUAAGAAUACUUAUCAAAUCGCGCUCGGGCUCGGUUCAGGCACGACCUGGAAUGUAUACGCGUUUGGUACAGGUUCUGCCGGAGCCAAGUUGUAUGGGAGUGCAGAUGAUGGGGCUUCUUGGACUGACAUUCAGGGCAGUCAAGGAUUUGGUUCCAUUGAUAGCUGUAAACUUGCUGGCAGUGGAAAUACGGCGGGACAGGUCUAUGUUGGAACGAAUGGACGAGGAGUUUUGUAUGCCUCCGGGACAAUUCAAAAGCGUUCAACGAUGUUUAACGCGUAGUCUUCCUUUUUGUUGUAAUGCAACUAGGAUCAACUCCGUUUCCCCAAUUCAUGACAG